GGGCCGAGCAGGCGGAUUGGCCCGGCGGCGGCCGUGACGUCACCCUGCGCGCGGCGGCAGAUUCGAAACUCCUCGGGCGCAGGCGCGGCUGGAGCAGGAAGGCCGCUCUACUUGAGAGAAAAGAGAGGGAGCCGCCGCCGCCGGGAUGAAGAACACCGUUCCGCGGAGCACCGUGAAGAAGCUGCUGAGCAAGCACAAGCCGCACUUGCGCAUGCGCGCCAACACCGACCUGCUGGUACAUUUGAAUGUCUUACUGUUUCUCCAUCGACUAGCUAUAGAAACCAGGACCAAUGCUAUUGCGGAAAAGAGCAAAACAAUUAAAUCUCGACACGUUCGCUCUUCAGCAAAGGUUGUUUUAAAGAAGAGCCGAGGCUAAAGUCAAGAAGUAUUCCUUCAUCCCCUGAUUGAUUCUGCGUAAUUACUGUCGUACAUGUGCUGAGGUUAAAAUAUCUGAAUUUUGUAUUUCUAUUUUUCAUAUUCAUAUUUUUUCAUAUUUUUCAGUAGAUAGAUAGCCAAAGCCAAUGCCAUUGUUAUUUGCAGGAGCUCACUACUUACUUUUUAAUUAGGGCAAUGUAAUAAAACUGAUGUGUAUAAUUAAUACAAUAGACAAAUGCAAGUUUUAACCUUGUAAUGUGUUCACUUGUUUAUAAUGAUUAAGCAAGAUGCCUUCUAUGAGACUAUGGCAAAUGUUAGAAGCCACUUUUAAUUCUCUAUAUAAAGUUACUUCUAGAAAAACAAAAUAUUUCUCUUUCUUUCUCUGAAUGAAUAUUUAUCAACAGGGUUGCUGUAAAUAUGCAUCUUUUCACUUGUUUAUAAACCUUUUUGGUUUUUGAGAUUAUUUUAAGUAACAUCACAAAUAAAAUAUUAUGGUUAAGCAAAUGUUUGAUGUAGGGGAUUCAAAUUGGGAAGUAGAACAUUUACAAAACAGUUUGUAAACAGAAUAUGAAAACAAAUGUUUCAGAAUGAUUUAUAGCAAUAAAGCUCUGCACAACUUCCCUCACUUGUUCAUUUCACAUGCUUUUCACUGUAUCACAGAGUAAAAGGAGAGGUGUUUUAGACAUGGUAAAUCCUGUUGGGGCCGGUUGCAGCAGCAGUUCCUAGGAAAGGACAGACACUGAUAUAUUCUUUCUCUUCCUUUACUGGUGUUGGAGAUGGCUAAAGGAAUGGAAAGCCCUGAAGUGUUCCCCUCACCCUCCUGUAUUCAUUUUUGGAAGAAGUAGCAAGUCUGUUAUCUCUCUUUUUUUAUACAGGAAAGAUAGAAAAAGUGUAACUGGAAGCCUUGGUCCCUAUGCCUGUAUCUUUCCUUUCCACAGCUAACUGUACCCAAGAAUACCAACCACAGGCUUCUAACUUCGGUCUCGUCAUUCAUAUUUGGAAUGCGAAUCUAAACUACUAAGUAUAAAUCCUUCAAAGGGAUAGAAAAAUUGCAAACAUUUAAAACUCCCACUUAUUACCAGUGUUUUGCAAAAUGAAAGCCAUUCACUUUCAAAACUUGUGGGUUGUUUCAUGUAUGCUACUUAGAAAUAUGAUUAAGUACAUGGUUAAGUCCCUUUUAAUUGAAUAGGGAAUAUACGAAAGCAUUUAUUUUUUCAUUGCCCUAGUGAAAGCAGAGUUUUAAAAUUAUUCUUUUUGUGUAUUAGGGCUUAGUGUUUCUGUUUGAGUGAAAUAAACUGUGACAUAGA